GAGGAGGAGGAGGAGGAGGGAGAGGAAGAGCAGCAGCCCAGGAGGACCACAACGGCGUCGAGGACGACCAGGAGGAAGGAGCGGCCGGCGCCCACUGCCACCGUCACCGUCACCGUCGAUGCGGGCCGGCUACGGCACCAGCGGGAGGGGCCAGGGGGAGCCGCACUGCCGCCCGACCUCACCGUCCGACAGCAGCCUCCGCCUCCCCUGCCUCGGCUGCUGAGGGAGCCCGCCUCCCCCGCCGUCAUCACCGCCGCUAUGGACACGUACCGGCCCAAGAGGCCCACCACCCUCAACCUCUUCCCCCAGGUGCCUCGUACUCAGGACACAAUAAACAAUAACUCCUUUGGGGAGAAGGACAGAAGAAAGGAGAAAGGGAAAGAGAAAGGCAAAGAGAAAGGAACAGGUGACCAGGGUAGCCAUGGAGGCAAAGUGCGCGAGAGGGCUUGCUCCAAGCACUCUGCUAGCUCCUCCUCCACUUCGGCUCACAGGGCAGGAGGAGGGGGCUCCAAAGCUGGGGACUCCAAGGCUCAGAAGAAGCCUUCCACUACUACCACCUCCUCUCAACAGCAACACCCCCCUAAACCCAGCUCUGCGGCUCAACAGUCGAAGAGCGCUGCCACAGUCACAGCUUCAGCCACAGCCAGAGCCACAGCUUCAGCCGCCGCCACUGCCGCCAAGCCAGCCAUGAGGGAGACGAUUGGAGAGCAGGUCCGGGAGCAGGGGCACAACUGCCACCCGUCCGUGGAGGCCACCUUGGAGAAGGCCCACUACCACAAGCUCAACAACAGCAGGGAGACGGUGCGCUACCCUCCAGCCAACGGGGCUGUCUACAGGGAGCCAGAACGCUACCCACGCUAUUUUGGCGGGGUCGAUAUGAACUUUGUGGACGUGGACGACGACGACCACCCGGAGGAAGAGGAGGACGAGGAAGACGAGGAUGACGGGAUCCGGCUGAGCCCCAUGCAGCACCGCAACGGCGGGGACAGCAGCAGCAGCGGCAGGCCGUCCCUGUCGCAGAGCAGCGACAGCAACCGCAUGUCCCUCAGCUCCGACAGCGAGGCCCCGCCGCCCUGCCCCCAGCACCACCACUCGCACCCCCACCACAGCCAGCCCAAGCCCUCCAUCAGCGAGGAGGACGAGGACGAGGACGGGGUCUACCCGCCCACGCCGCCCCGCCGGACUGUCAGCCUCAGUGAGGCCGUGGGCAGGGAGUCGGCCUGGAGAACGAUAGCCGAGGUGGACGAGGAGGAGGAGGAGGAGGUGGUGGUGGACGGGUGUGUGGUCGGGGUGGACCUGCUGGCGCCGGAAGGCCCUGCGGUCAAAACGGGGGCGUCCGUGGUGGUCGGGGUGGAAGCGUUCGAAGAAUCAGCAGCAGUGGUAACAGCGGCAGCACUGAGAACAGCUUUGGAAAUAGAAGCAGCAGAAGCAGCAGACGCAGCAGACGCAAGAGCAGCACCAGCCCCUGUGGAGGUGGAGGGGAAGCCUGUCACCACGGCAGCGGCAAACCCUGCUGUCAGCAGCUCGGACGCCAAGGGCCUGACGUACGACUCGGUCAAGUACACCCUGGUGGUGGACGAGGGGGCCCAGCUGGAGCUGGUCAGCCUCAAGCAGUGCUACAAGGUCUACCAGGACAGCGACAGCGAUGACAACACCGUGUACGAGUCCGCGCUGGAGGAGGAGGAGGACCACCGAGGGGGGGAGGGCAGGCCACAACGGCGGCUGAAGAGGGAGCAGUCAUCAGGCCUGUCGGUGGCCACCACCACUGAUUCCAGUUCCGAUGCCCCACGCUCACGCAAGUUCCGUAACGUGUUCGCUAACGGGCAUGCCGCCAACCUGUCAGGUGCGGACAGUUUUGGUUUGUUCUCUUGUGUCAUUGCUGGGAAGGAACGAGAACAGUCACACAGAGCAGUGUUCAGAUUUGUCCCCCGUCAUGAGGAUGAGCUGGAGCUGGAGGCUGACGACCCCCUGCUGCUGGAGACGGAGGCGGAGGACCUGUGGUGCGAGGCCUACAACAUGCGCACCGGCAUACGCGGCAUCUUCCCGGCCUUCUACGCCGUCAAGGUGGUCAAGGAGAACGCCCAGACCAAAGAGGAGAAAGGUGACUGGGUGGAUACCUUCUGGGUAAAAUUUCUCGGCUCCGUUCAGGUGCCAUAUCAUAAAGGGAAUGAUGUUCUUUGUGCAGCUAUGCAGAAGAUUGCUACAAACAGAAAGCUGCAAAUGCAGUUUAGUCCCUCCGUGUGCGUGGUGGAGAUCAACUUGAGGGGCGUGAAGAUUAUCGUUAAAGACGACUGCCGGACUGCGGAAAGAGGGGAUAAGUGUUGUCAUUUCUUCCAGUUGAAGAACAUUUCAUUUUGUGGAACCCAUCCAAAAAACAAGAAGUAUUUCGGGUUGAUCACCAAACACCCAGCCUAUCAGAGGUUCGCCUGUCAUGUCUUCUUCUCAGAGGAUUCUACCGCAGCCCUGGCCGAGUCUGUAGGGAAAGCAUUCCAGCAGUACUACAAAGAACACAUGUCAUACUCUUGUCCGACAGAAGAUAUCUUCCUCGAAUAACCUGCACUGCACCUACUUAAUGUUUUGCAUCACAAUAGACCAUUUAUAUAAAAACAAAAAAGUGUUGCAUGAUGGAUUAUAAAAAAUCCAUUUUAUGGUUGUUUUUACUUUUGGGUCUGGUGUAGACGAAAAAUAUAAGUUCACAUUCAUCUUAGGUGUCACGCCAUCGACUUCCUCACUACUGGAAUCGCCACUUCUAACUGAAUCUAUUCAUACCAACCAGCUUCACAGGAAAAGAACCAAAUCUUGUUAUUGCUAUGCGCAAAGACUGAGGUUAAAAGAAGUUGAGACUUGAUGUGGUAUAGAAUGUGAAUAGGCAGGUUUUAAUGUGCAGUUCCUAUGUAUGAACUUAAAGCACAAUACCAUAGAGAUUACAAAGGACCUCUGGCGGAGCUUCAGCAAAACCCUUCCGAAGCCACUUUUCUCUGAACCACCCACUGACAUUUAUUUCCACACUGUCUCACAGCAUAUAGAUGGUCUCAAGAUCAUGGCAAAAAAACGACGUCACUCCCGUUUGUAAGGUGAAGCAUUUUACUGGCACAACAAACAGUGUAAUAAUAACACAACCAAGCACUGGCUAGGUUUGACCUACAGUCUCUCUCUCUCACUGAAUGUUUACUUCCUGUUGUGUUUUCCUCCCUGCCUGAUGGCAGUUGCCAUGGAGAUGCCAUCACAAAAGAGUGGCAGUCUUGCCACACUGUUUAAUAGUGAGGGCCUCACACUGCUCCCUGACUGCUAAUGUACUCCAAAAUCCCUUGUGUAGCCUCUAAAUACCAAAUAUAUAUUAAGUUUAUUUGACUGCUCACAGGCUAUUAUUGAAGACAUUUUAAGUUGCCUAGUUAAAAAAAAGUCAAUGGACUGGACUGGAGUGAACGUUUCAGACAAACCAAGCAACUUGUUACACCUAAUGUGAAAUAU